AACAGUUUCGAUUACUUUUUUGACAGUUCUCAGUAGUUCUCGCACAGUUUCGACCUAUUUCACGCGUUUUAAUAACAGUUUCGUCAAUUAAUUAUUUUUUGACAUUUUUUUAUUCCGACCGUCGACACGUAUUUGCGAGAGGUGUGAGAUGCAAACAGUUUUGAUCACUUUUUUGAUAGUUCUCAAUAGUUCUCACACAAUUUCGACUUAUUUCAUGCAUUUUAAUAACAGUUUUGUAAGUUAAUUAUUUUUCGACAUUUUUUUAUUCCGACCGUCGGCACGUUUCGACCUAUUUCAUACGUUUUAAUAACAAUUCCGUCGAUUAAUUAUUUUUAAACAAUUUUUUAUUCCGACUGUCGGCACAGUAUUCGCGAGACGCGUAAAUUGCAAACAGCUUUGAUCAUUAUUUUACGACAGUUUUCGUUAGUUCUCACAUAGCCCCGACCAUUUUUAUGCCUUUUAAUAAUUAAUUUUGUUAAUUAUUUUUUAACAUUUUUUUAUUCCGACCGUCGGCAACAUAUUCGCGAGAGGCGUCAAGUGCAAAGUUUCGAUUACUUUUUUGACAGUUCUCAAUAAUUCUCGUUCAAGCCAUAUCUGAGUAGCUAUACCAUUAAUUUUUAAAAUUUCCAAAGAAAUUGGUUUUCCAGUUUUCAUUAUUAUAGUAUUGGCAAAUUUGUGAAACGGUAUAUUGAAAUUUUUCCAAGUAAUUUUAUAAUUUAUUGAUUGUAAUUUGUCGAUUUUUUUGUUCAUUAAUUCAAUUACUUCUAAUUAAGAUAAAAGGCAACUUACCGCUUCGACGCGCAACAGCGGAGUUGUAACUGCAUCUUGGCUACGUUGAAAUAAAGUGUAAUAAAAACGUACGAGUUUAUAAUGAACGGUCCAGCUACGAAGUGUGGAUACUGUGGUCUUACUCUACGAGGGUCAUGUGGAACAAUACUAGAUCAUCAUUGUUUUGUUUCCUAUGAUGAAAAUACCGACGUUAUAAAUGUAGACGACAAUGCUGUAGUCACUAUGAGAAAAAGGCAUGAAAUUGAAGAUGUACAGUCUACAUCUGCAGUUACGCAAGAUGAGUUGUUGAUUGAGUUGGUUCGUACUCGAAGGGCUUUGUGGGACCAUUCUAUUCUACUGAAUCAAAGGACGAAAUUAAAGAAAGAUAAUUUAUGGCAAGAAAUUGUAAAUCUUUUACAAAUAAAACAUUGAAAUAACCUUUUGCAUUGUUAUCUCUGCAUAUCUUAUCGGUUCAUCUCUUGCUUGCAUGAGAAAUUUAUAAUAACCAUUAACAUAAUAUUUGGAUUCAUGAUGUACUGCUACUUUGAAAUAAUAAAAUACACAAAGUAUAAAAUAACUUUUUCUUCAAUUAACAGAUUUGAUGCGCUUGUUCCGCAAUUUUAUUUUUCUAAUAUUACAUGGAGCACAAUUUACGCGGAAAAGCGGGAUUAUAUGGUGAUAACUAAACAUUAUAUUUCUUUAUUAAAAUGUAUCUUUACUUAAUUUAUUGUAAUUUGUAUUAGUAUACAUAUCUUUUCAUGUCAUCUAUUAAAUACAAGCAUCUUAAUCAAUAAAUACCGCUAAACAUUCUUAUUUUUUAAUUCUCUAUUCCGCUUUUCCGCGUAAAUUGUGCUCCAUGUAAUAUUAGGCAGUCAAAACAAACGGAACGAAUCGCGGAAAUCUAGUAAAUUUGUCUUCCGUUUUUCCGCGUUUCCGCGCUUCAUAUAAUGGCACCCUAAGACGUGACGUAAGCUAGACGGUUCAUAAGCAUUUAGAUCGCUUACUGCUGUCAGCUGAGGCGAACGUAAUAUUGAUAGUUGUGUAAUGACCACUAUGUCGAAAUUAUUUAACUGUCAUCAAAAACUAUUUUAUUUUUUAAUUAAAUGUUUUAAAAAUUAAUAAAAUUUGACUGCGCGUAAUAAUUACCUUUAGAUACUAUUUCUUUACAUACAUAUAUCUAUGUUAUAUGUAUAUUAAGACCAGUUUUAACUCCGCUAUAGAUCUACUUUAUCAUUUAAGAAAAAAUUGUUUUAUUAAUGAAAUUAUUUACCUACUUCUUAAGUACUAAAUACUAAAUAAAAAAUACUCCAUACAAAAUACUAAAUUCUUAAAUAUAAUUUUACAAUUUGUUGUAAUUAGGGUUGCCAUUUGUUCUUUUUUUCCCGGACACUGUCCUCUUUUUUAGGGCAUUUGAAAACAUCCAGAAGGAUUUUUCAAAGCAUUGAAAAUUUAUCCGGGAGAAUUAUGUGCGUCCGGGGUUUUAAAUAUUUUAAUUAUUUAUUUCUUUUACCGUGCUUUUUUUCCAAUGACAUUACUUAUUGAGCGGCUGAGUAACAAUUAAAUAUAAUAAAAUAUAUUAAAUAUAAUAAAAUAUAUUAAAUAUAAUAAAAUAUAUUAAAUAUAAUAAAAUAUAUUAAAUAUAAUAAAAUAUAUUAAAUAUAAUAUAUUAUAUUAUUUUCAAUAAAUAUAUUAAAUAUAAUAAAAUUAAAAUACUUAAUAGACUUAUAAGAGUAUACCUUUGAGGCGAAGACAAAAUCUUUCUAUUGGAAAAAAUAAUCCGUUAGCGAAAGUGGUUUGUCUCUUCCACCUUUUGGAUCUAGUAGUGCUUUUUGUCGAAAAUUAUAAGUUAUGUUCCAAUUUCUUAAUACGUUAGUCCAUGAUUCUCGACUUAUUUUCAGCCAUUGAAUGGCUGUUUUACACUUCGUCUUUUUUUACUAAAUAUAAUUUGACAAAUUAAUUUACCAAUAUUCUAUUAAAAAUGACUCAAUAAUUAAUCAUUAUCUAAAUCAAUAAAUUUAAAUACUUUCAGAUGUACUCGUAUUAAUAGGCACAUUUUUAUUAUUGUAGAAUCUAAAUUUAUCAGUUAAUUUAUCAGUUAAUUUUAUUCUUAUUUUUUUUUUGAUUGGAUCAUUUGCAAACGGCUUGUAUGCAUAUGUAGUCUAUGAUAUAUUUUCCAAAAUGAACAUUAUUUCAUUAUUCGUAUUAAUUUUAAUUAUUAAAUUUUAAAACUAAAUAAGUAAAUUUUACCUCGAUCUCAGUUGGAAAUAAUUCGUAUAUUUUCUUAGAUACGAUGUGAAA